CUCAUCUUUUAUCCUCUGAUAAAAAAAACGAUCAAAUCCGUUCCUCGCCAAACCUCCGGCGUCCGCCAUGGCCGUCUUCGCUGAAGCUUCUAUAUUUUCCAUUCGCUCCUCUGAAGAUCAAUUUCUCUAGUUUCAUAUUCUCGUUUUUAUCACCCCCGCCCAUUUCUCACACAGAUUCUCUGUCUUUUUCCCGCUUUUUUUUUUCUCUCCUCCGACUUCGUUUCCCAGGUCCUGUUUCCUCUGGUUUUCAUGCGUCUCUGGAUACUCUAUGUACGGAAGUGGCUAGUUUUCGGUAGUACAAAAAAGCUUUGGUGAAUGGGGAUUCAAACGAUUGAGAUGAGGGAGAAGUCAUUGCAUAAUCUCACUCUUGGUGAGGUGGAAAAGCAUUUCGGCAACUCAGGGAAGCCAUUAGGCAGCAUGAGCCUCGACGAACUUCUUGAAAAAGUAUGGGCUGCUGAAGCAAGAAACUCCACAGGAACAGAUCCUCUAAACAUGGCUUUGUUGUGGAGUGGGAAAACUGUUGAUCAGGUAUGGAAGGAGAUCCGACAGAAUGAGAGGAAUAGAUAUGAUGGGGAUAGUGGUGUCAAAGUUGAAGAAAGAGAACCAGUCCUUGGAGAAGUGACUUUGGAGGUUUUCUUGAAACAUGCACAAUCCUUGAACCCGACUGUGGAGAUAGAUUCUUCUGUCGAUCCUACAACUCCCGGGAGUUUGAGACAGCAGUUAAGCUUGUCUUCAUCGCCAUCUGUCAAUGUGUUUUCUGGUACAGCAUCUUCAGGCCGGAGAAGGGAUAUGGAACCUAUCGAGAAGAGUAUUGAGAGGAAGCUGAGAAGAAAGAUUAAGAAUCGGGAAUCAGCUGCACGUUCACGAGCUAGAAAACAGGCAUACCACAAUGAGCUUGUUACCAAGAUCUCCCGUUUAGAAGAAGAGAACAUGAAGCUCAAGAAAGAGAAGGAAUUCGACCUGAUGUUUCCCGGAGUGGAAUAUUCAUCGGAGCCCAAAUACCAGCUCCGGAGAACGAGUUCAGGUUCUUUCUGAUAAUCCCCUCCUCUCUUAGAGAAAGUUUUGCAAAGUAAAAAAAGACUAGGAUUUUUAGGACCCUUUCUUCUUCUUGUUUCUAUGUUAUUUGGGUUUGGGUUUACAAGUAAGUAUAUACAUUGGAUGAUUCUUCAACGUUAUGUUGAAAUCUACACAGCAAGCAGAUAGAAUGUGCCCUUCUUGGUUUAAGAGUAGACAAGUGACCCCAUACUGUUUAGAGACAUAACAUAAGCAUCAACCAAAAUGCUGUUUACACAGAGUCUUGAACCAUUUUGACCCAUAAUGUUUCGCAUAUUCUUGAUUUCAUCGGACCAAAUAUUUUCGGGUUU